AUGGCGAGACGCUACUCUACUGCAGAAAAGGCUAAAUGGACGUCAACCACUUUUGCUCCUGUUCGCAGAGCUCCCAUCCCCAUUCCAGCUACUAACAACUCUGCGCUCAUUGAACAGAACAAACUCUCUCUUAUCAGACGAGUUACAAACUCGGCGGCACAAAAUACCAGAGCCUUGGUAGACUUCUUUCUGCAACACUGGCACGUCUCCGGCUCUAUCACUGGCCGAGAUCUUGGUCCCCAUCUGUUUCAGUUUACCUUUGAAUCCGAAAGAGAUCUACAGAGUAUCCUACACAAAGCCCCAUACCACAUCAAAAAAUGGAUGAUACUCUUGCAGCGGUGGGAACCUAUUGUAUCUGAUAGCUUCCCAUCUAUUAUUCCAUUUUGGAUACGAAUCCAUGGAAUUCCUCUACACUACUGGACGGAAGAGGCUCUACACGCUAUAGGCUCAGAACUUGGCCAUGUCGAGUCCAAAGAUGUUCCAAAAGGCCGAGUUCGGGUCCUCAUUAAUGGACUCCGACCCCUUGAAAGACAUCUUGAAAUCAGUCUCCCCUCAGCAGAAAUCAAGGAAGUUGAACUGGAAUACGAGAAGCUUGAGAAGCAUUGCUUCUCAUGCGCCUCACUCUCUCACGAGCAAGAUAAAUGCAUGUCCAGAUUCUCUAAAACUCAAGGCCCUAUGGGUAUCAAUCAAUCGAGAACUCUUGAGAAGCUCGCUGAAAGAAGAAGAACUGAUGAUAGGGUAGUGAGGAAUGAGGAGCGAUCAGACAGAACUGGUAGAAAUUCUCAUCGGUCAAAUGAUGUUCGCCACGAGGGACACUCGAAGGCGACCUACGAUCGAUCCCUUCGUACUGACUAUCGCCUAGCUUCAUCUGAAUAUAGACGCCCACCCCCUUCUUCACCUCCCCGUAGAAAUACUUACCCUAGAAAAGAAACUUGGGUACCACGGAAGGGCCAGUCCUCAGGUUCUAUUGCGGGCUCUGAGCCUCGAGGCUCAGGAAGGCUCGAAGAUAGGCUUCAUGUCUCUUUACGUCUUGGCCAUGUACCUGCGAAACCAGACACUACCAUCACUCUCUCCUUGGGCCGUCUUCCUAAGCGCUCGGGUCGUAUUGCUGCAAAGACGCUAGGAAAGCGUAAGGCGCCUGACCAACCUACAAAGAAGAAAAUUCCUAGAAGCCCUGUCCAAGGUGUAAGCUUAAAGAAAAGAAGGGUCACGAAGGGUCAGCAAUCGUCCAAGAGAAGGCUUGUCAUGUCGGCUGCUGGCGCUAAGACAGGACCUGCUACAAGUAAGGCCCCUGCGCCUGCUCAGGUGGCUCCAUCUACUAGGGUUUUCCCCUCUACCAAGAAGAAGGUGGCAGAUUUUCGGCCACCUCAAGAUCCGCUUCCUUAG